AUGAAUCAUAUUGAAAAUUUAUCAAAUGAAAUUUUUUACGAGAUAUUUGAUUAUCUAGAUGGUUGUGCUAUUUAUCAAUCAUUUUCAAACUUAAAUAUUCGUUUUCAAAACCUCAUAAUACAUUCAACUUUCUAUCUAAAAGUUCAAUUUUCAUCCAAAUCUCAAUCAAACUUAACAAUCAAAGAUCGUUAUGAACGAUAUAUUUUACCUAAUAAACAUCGUAUUAUUUCAUUUUACUGUGAUAAUGAACUAUAUUAUGAAGAAUUCAUUCAAUUAGCUCCAUUUAAUUCAACAUUUAAUUAUUUAGAAUCGAUUAUUCUUAAAAAUAUUUCAACAUUUCAAUUUAUUGAUCUUUUUAUCUAUCUGAAAUCCUUACCACGUCUUUCAUCAUUACAAAUUUUCUUUGAUGAUUGUGAUGAUGAUAUUGGUGAUAUCUUUCAACUUCUAUUUCAGUUACCUUUCUUAAAAUACCUCAAAGUAGACACCGGUGAUUAUGAGAAUUCUUCUUUAACUCUUCCAGUGGCAACAAAUGAACAAUAUACAUCAAUUGAAUUCUUCGUUUUCUUUCAUUCUUUAACUCUUAAUGAAUUUCGUCGUCUAUUGUCUUAUCUACCUCGAUUAACUCAUUUAUAUUGUUUUACUAUUAUGGGUUUUGAAUCUAGAAAUUCAAUCGAACUCUUCACAAAUAUAAAUAAUUUAGUUCAAUUCAAUUUAUGUAUUCAUGGUCUUCCAUGUAAUUUAUGUCAAGCAUUACUUUCAAAAUUAGCAUUACAAUUAAAUAUAUUAAGUGUGACUGUUUUUAAUAAAGAUAAACGUUAUUUAGAUGCAAAUCGAUGGGAAGAAUUAAUUCGGAAGAAUAUGCCACAUUUGGAAAGAUUUAUAUCCAUCGAUUUUUUAAGUUUCUUUUUAUUAAUUCUUUUGUACUUUUUUAGUCAAGACUUUUAUGAUUUUGAAGAACAUUUAUCUUAUGAUAGACAUUCUUGUCCUGGUGUGAAUUUAAAUAUAAUUAAUUUAAAUAAAAAACAAGUUUAUAUUAAUCGACUUAAGAGUUUAUUUAAAAUUAUCAAUGUAACUCGAUUAGUAAUUAAAUGUUCGAUCAAUUCUAUGAAAGCAUUUAUUAAAAUUCUUAAAGUAUUACCAAAUUUAAUGAUGUUAUGUGUAACAUUUUUAACACAUCCAGACGAAUUUCUUCGUGCUGAAGAAGAUAUGAUUGAACUUCGUCGAUGUGUGGAAAAGAGUGAGAUUACAAAUGUAACAAUAGUAAAUAUAGAAGAUAGUGGUUAUGUGGACUUUAUUAUUGAUCUUUUUCCACAAAUGAAAUCAUUUUCAAUACAAAUAAUUGCUGAUUAUAAUCUUUUAUCAGUUACUGAAUGGAUAUUAGACAGAAUCAAAAUGAAUAAAAUGUCUCAUCCAAUGAAAGUUUGUAUUAUGGUCGAAAAUGGAACAGAUGAUCUCAUUGAAAAAUUAUAUGAAAUGAUUGAUUCGAAGGAAUUAUUGAAGAAUUAUACAAUCUUUCGAAAAUUAGAUAUAUUUUAUAUUCAAUGGAAUUAA